AUGGCACACCUGGCAAAUACCGCGACUUUGACAGUCGAAUUCAACCAUCUUGCAUCGACUUCAAAGUCACUCGCAUUGUCAACAUCAUCUAGGCCCCACCAGGCUGGCGACGAACAGGGAAGAACUAUUGCUGAAACACCACAGGGAGCUCCUGGAGUCCUCCUACCUUCUGACGAUGGACCAGAGCCAACACAAGGAACGGCCUCCUCAACCACCCUCACUAUAUCCAAAGCGAAAGCCGUAAUGGUCAUCAUCACUUUAGCUGGUGUAAGCUUUCUCAACACCAUGGGCUCCGGCAUUCUCAUAGCCGCACUGCCUCGGAUCGCAAAAGAUGUCGGCAUACCCGAAGCGCUGAUCCUCUCCUCUGGCCUGCUGCUGUCUAUGCGCUUGCCGCUGGUUUCGCUAUUGGAGUUAGCGAAGACCGAAAUCCAAAUCAUUGUAUUCCGCACUCUUGCCGGUGCGGUGCUGCGAUCUCCAUGUGUCUGCCCACAGCAGUCAGCCUCAUCACUAACACUUUCCCGAAAGGCACUUGGCGCAAUGUUGCCUUUGCAAUGA